AUGCCAAAGUACUACUGUGAUUACUGCAAGUCAUACCUUACGCAUGACACACUAAGUGUGCGGAAAUCGCAUUUGAUGGGCAAGAACCAUAUCAAAUACUACUGCGAUUACUACGAGUUCAAAGCGAAGGAAACGGGCGAAUGGAAACCUCUGGAGUUGGCUUACGAAAUGACAUUUGACAAGUUGAACAAGGGUGUACCUGGUGGUGUUGAAAAAUCGGUGGUUCUGCUGGAUAGUGAAAGACGGAACGUGAAUGGUGGCGGUGGUGACGGCGAGAGAAGGAAACGAGGUAGAGAUGCGGAUGAUGCUAUGGAUAUCGAGCUGAGGCGACAUUAUGGCGGAGAUGAGAGGGAUGAAGGUGUCAAGGAGGAGGAUGAAGAUGAGUUUUGGUUGCCCCCGCCGCCGCAUUUGGCGGGGAUGCCCUUGCCUCCUGUUGCUUGGUACAACCAUACUCUGGAGCACCAAAAGGCUGUGCAUAAGCAUACGCGAUGA